AUGGCUUACACACUUGCGACAUCCUAUGUGGGCGAGUCCCUUCUCUCGGGGUUCGACUGGUUCAACGGCACUGACCCAUCCAAUGGUUACGUUGCUUACCAAUCUCGCGAUGACGCAGAGGCGCAGUCCAUUGUUUCAUUGAACACCGACACCAACGUUGUCCGCCUGGGCGUUGACAGCACGAACGUCUUUGGCGAGGAUGAGGGACGACCAAGCAUCCGCCUCGAAAGCAAGGAAGCCUUCAAUCAUGGACUUUACAUCGCCGAUUUUGAACAUAUGCCCCCUUCCCAGUGUGGACUGUGGCCGGCAUUCUGGACCUAUGGAGAGAACUGGCCGGCGGGCGGCGAGCUCGACAUCAUCGAAGGCGCCAACACGGCGCACAACAACAUUAUCUCUGCACACACCGGCCCCGGCUGCGUUCUCGAUCCCACCGGAUCCAGCUCCACACCUGCCUUCUCUGGCGAACAGCGAAACGACGAUUGCUUCGUCGGCGAUCAGAACAUUGGGUGCGGCUUCAACCCCCCUGACAGCGCCAUGCACACCUAUGGCGACAGCUUCAACGCGGUAGGCGGCGGUGUCUACGCCAUGCAGUGGGACGAUGAGUUUAUCCGCGUGUGGCACUUUGCCCGCGACGAGGUUCCCGCCGACAUUGACGCCGGCAACCCGGAUCCUUCCUCCUGGGUGCUGCCCCAGGCCGUCUUUGGCGGCUCGCGCUGCGACGUCGACGGCUACUUCACCGACAUGAGCAUCGUCAUCAACAUCAACUUCUGCGGCGACUACGGCGAUGGCAACUGGGACGCCACCUGCAGCGACCACGCGCCCACCUGCUCCUCGUACGUGGCCAACAACCCCCAGGCCUUUGCCAACGCCUACUGGGACGUCAAGUACAUAAAGGCCUACACCUGGGACGAGGCCGCCGCGACCCCGGAGCCCACGACCACCACGACCAUGACCAGCUUUUCGACCACCUUUGUCACUGUCGGUGGUGAAUCGGCGACGCCGCUCCCGGCCCAGGCAACCUUUGAUGCCAACACCCCCGUCGCCGCUGUCGCCAACCCUGCCGAGGUGGACAACCACGCCUCCAUGGGCUGCUUCGACUCCACAUCCUCCUUUUCCACCUUUAAAGUCGCCGAGGAGUCGGACGACAUGACCAUUGAGCACUGCGUGAGCAAGUGCGUUGGUGCCAAGUACGCCGGUCUCUCCUGUGGCCGCACGUGUCUCUGCGCCGCGUCUCUCGACGCCGAGACCCGCUCCACCUCGGACCCUUCGCUCUGCGGGGCGCCCUGCGCCGGCAACGCCACGCAGAUCUGCGGCGGUGAGACCCUGCUCAGCAUCUACGGCAAGAUCGCGGAAGAAGUGAUCCCCCAGCCCCCUGCCAUGGGCGGACGGCUAGCGGACGUCUCGUACACGUCGACAGUCACCGUGUGCGCAGCGAGCCUUGCAGCGCAGAAGACGGCCACGCCUGCGGCGGUGGACGAGAGUCUGCUGUCGCCACCGCCCAUGAUCACUGGUGCCGCGCUGCCCAGUGGCAACGGGACGAUUCCGUUUGUCGCGGGAAGCGUGGAGAGGAAGGGGCCUGGAAGCAUGAUGGUCUGGGGUGUCGUGGCCAUGGGAAUAAUGAUGGUGAUCUGA